GUUAACGUCAACAUGUUUUCACAUUUUUGACGUCCGUUUAAGCUACUUUCUUGAGUCUUGACAACCAUAAAAAUAAAUAACUAUUGCACACAAAUAAUAAUUUCGUUUGUAAUUCAUCUUAUUUAGAGUGAAAAUUAACUUAUAACAUAUUAAGAGACUUCGUUUCAAAUGUAGUGUACUGAGCGAACAAAUUUAAUAGUCAUAAUCAUCCUUUUAUUUAUGAUUUUGAUAUUUUUCCCCUUUUUUAUUGAAAGACUAAUUAUAAUUUUAAGUAAAAGUAACCUUAAAAAGUUAGCUGAAAGUGUUUAGCAAUGUGUUAUUUGAGAUGAGUGCUGGACUGACUAGAUGUCGAGUAAGUUCGGACCAACUUCAUCUGUUGUUGUCGUUUAUGGAAGAGCACCGUGAUUUUGCAGCAGGGAAACAAUCCAUUUACUCGAGAUUCAGUGCCUGUAAGCUCUGGCGCCUUCUAGCCGAGCGUCUAAACGGGGCUGCAGACGAGUCAGGAGGCGCACGCAAAACACCAGAUAAGUGGUGUCGGUUUUGGGCAGAUUUAAAAUAUAAGGCACGAAAAAAGUCUGCAGCCGGAGGAGCUCUUGGGGAAUUGUCUGGUGUAGAGGAAAGACUGCAGAAUUUACUUGGUGCUCGAACAAGUGAUUCAAGCGGUGGUGGUUGUCGACGAGGCGGAAGUCACUCUGACGAGGAGCACAAGCCGGCGCUUGACGAGGAUAUGUACUCAGAGGGCUCUGGAGUGGGAGGAGGGGACGCUCCGCGUCUUGCUACGGAGGAACUGUUGGCGGAGGCCGCCAUGCGCAGUGCACUCGCUGCAGAGAAGCAGGCAGAGGCAGUCACACAGGCCGUGGAGCUGCUGCGGGACCUUGUGACCUUACUUAGGGACCGACCACCGGCGCUGCCACAACACACUUUACCGCCACACGCCGCCCCUCACGCAGCGCCGCCCGACCACACCCUGUCAAUGCAGCAUCAUCACCAUAGACUGUGACCCCACUCUCGGUUCAUUCUCUCGAUCUAUAUUCAAAUAAACUAAUCUAAACUA